UAGGGAAACUGAAGGAAAAAAAUAAACUAAAAGUGGUUUACCAAAGAAAGAAAGGGGCGCAAGAAAGACAGAACAGAAAGUAAGAAAUGUAACAAAGCAACCAAUUCUUUUUACACUUAAUUUCAUAACAUUAUUAUUAUACGUAGCUUUUUCUUCUUUAUUUCUGCUUUUAUCAUCUAUAUCCCUGUAUAAAUUUUCCCACUAUUACAACAAUCCUUUAACUCCAUAUUUCUCAUCAUCAAAAGAACCUAUAAUGGCGAAGACCACCGUAGACAGCGGAGGAGGAUUGCCGGCUGCGGCUAAAGCGGCGGAUGAAAUGAAAAGAGAGUUACAGAGAGCGGUGAAUUCUAUAAUUGAAGAUGAUAAUUACUCUUUAGAAGCCAACGAUCGAGCCAUGCAGUGUUUGUGUGCCCUAAAAGACUUGAAAUUGAAACCUAAUUUCGAUAUAAGCACCUUUUCUUUGAGUCUACCAGUCCCACCCCAUGAAUUUGUUUGCCCACUUUCGAAUCAGCUUAUGAAAGACCCUGUUGUUUUGGCUUCUGGUCAGACAUAUGAUAGACUAUUUAUUCAAAAGUGGCUGAAGGAUGGCAAUCGAACCUGCCCUGAAACAAAGCAGGUUCUCUCACAUUCAGUUCUCACCUCAAAUCAUCUAGUGAGAAAAAUGAUUUCACAGUGGUGCCAGAAGCACGGAAUUGAGCUGCCCAGCCCUUCCCUUGAUGAGAACCAGGAUAUAAUCACAAACGCAGACCGAUAUCGUUUAAAUUCACUGCUUGAGAUAUUGUCCUCUAGUAAUAUUCGAGAGCAGAAAAAGGCUGCAAAACAAGUUCGGAUGCUGACUAAACAGAUUCCAUCUCUACGGGCUGUUUUCGGAGAGUGCAGUGACCCUGUUACCAAAUUGCUAAAUCCUCUCUUGUCUGGAAAUGUGAGUAAUCAUCCAGAUCUUCAAGAAGAUUUGAUCACAACUGUUCUUAACAUCUCAAUACAUGACAACAAUAAAAAGCUUGUAGCAGAAAAUCCUGUUGUCAUUCCUUUACUUAUCGAGUCUUUGAAGUUUGGAACACUUGAAACAAGAAGCAACUCUGCUGCUGCUCUCUUCACAUUAUCAGCACUUGAUUCAAACAAGCAUAAUAUUGUGAAGGCAGGUGCUCUCAAGCCUUUAGUCGACCUCUUGGAUGAGGGACAACCGUUGGCCAUGAAAGAUGCUGCUUCAGCGAUUUUUAACCUCAGUGUUGUCCAUGAAAAUAAGAGUAAAGCUGUUUCUGAAGGAACAAUAAAGGUGAUUAUGAAGAAGAUCAUUGAGCGCAUACUCGUUGAUGAAUUGUUAGCUAUUCUUGCCCUGUUGUCCAAUCAUCACAAGGCUAUCGAGGAGAUGGGAGAGCUGGGCGCAGUCUCUUGUCUCCUCAGUAUCAUUAAGGAGGACACAAGUGAGCACAACAAGGAGAACUGUAUCGCGAUUCUCUACACAGUGUGUUAUAAUGACCGAACAAAGUUGAAAGAGAUCUGGAUUGAUGAGAGUACACAUGGGACCAUAUCUAAUCUUGCUCGAAGCGGGACAUCUAGAGCCAAGAGAAAGGCGAGUGGCAUUCUUGAGCGGCUGGACAGAUAUGUUUCUCUUGUGCACACUACUUGAGGCUGAAUCUUUUGCAUAUGUACAUCCCUAAUCCCCCCAUGUAAGUGUUGUUGCUUCUCAUUAGACCCCAUGUAAGUGUUGUUGCUUCUCAUUAGACCCCAUGUAAGUGUUGUUGCUUCUCAUUAGACCUUUAUACAACCGAAUUCCUCCUUGUAGGAAAACAUAGAUUCUUUUCCUUAUCCAUCUUGUGGCUUGUACAUUACUGUGAAAUUCUCAGCAUUAUGUAGCAAUGCUAGUAGUUUCUCACCUUCAAAGACAGAUACAUCCUGCUUAUGGCUUCUUAUAAUGUUCACAUUGCUACCGUCUUGCUUUA